UUCCGAAGGAGAAAAAUUUGUUUGAUUUUCUGUAAAAGUUCCAACCAAUCAUUUUCAUUUGUCAAACUUUGUUGAUUUCGCCAGUCCUGCUUGUCUUCAAUCUGAAGACAGCGGUCCCCAGGAGGUUAAUAAUAGAUUUUAUGUUUUGUUAAUUUAUGAUACUGAAUCGAUUGAUUUAUUUUUCAAUUUUGAACUAUAAAAAUCAAAAACUACAUUUUGUAUAAACAAAUGAAUAUUUAUGUAUAAUAUCUUUGAAAAAAAAUUAUAUAAAUAAUUAUUUUAUUUAAACAACUGUACAACUCUAAUAAUAACAAGUAAUUCUUAUUUUUUUUUAAAUUUAAUUUUUUGUAUUUAAUCUUUAUUUAUUUAUUUUUAAUAUAAUUAGAUGAAACUUCAACAAUCUCCACAACAUCAAGGAAUGUAUAAUCCAUUAUCAAAAGAAAUUUUAUCAUUAAUGAAUAAACAAUUAAUAUUACCAUGGACACGUCGUCAUCGUUGUCGUACAUCACCAAGUCAAUGUUCAUUUUGUGAAGAAUAUAUUUUAUGGUUUUCAAUAUCACAAGAUAUAACUUACUUAAAUAUAUUUCACCACCAGCAGCAACAACAACAACAGCAGCAGCAACAACAACAACAAACAUUAAUUCAAUCAACUAGAUCAUCAAGCAAACCAAAAUUUACUAUUGAAAUGUCAUCAGGUGGUGAUCACCAUAGUUCAUCCUCAUCAUCAACAUCAUUAAAUAUUGAAGAAGACGCUGCUAUAAAUGUUAAUACAACAGCUCAAACAACAACAGCAUCAAUACCAGCAACAACAACAACACCAGAACUUAAAGUUGAAAAUAAUCCUGAUGGUGAAAUAUGGAUAAUAUCACAGGGUGUUUUUUAUUUUAAACUUAAUACACUUCAUAUACACUUACAAUUUUUUUAUUCUGUUCUUAAAGAAUUAGAUCGAGUUAUUGAUAUAGAUGCACUUUAUUAUUUAUUAUGUUGUUUAAAAUUAUUAAUUUUAAAUGAUGAAUGUUUAGAAACAGCAGCAAAAGAUAAUCGUGGUUUCCUUUCAUAUUGCCUUGAAAAAUUACUUGUUCCAGAUAUUUGGAAAAUCUUUGCAUUAGGGCAUGGUCAUUUAAAUGAAUGUUGUGUACCAUUACUUCUUCAUGCACUUAAUUAUGAACUUAGAAAAACUGCUUUAUGGAAUAUACUUGAACGAGAUUUUUCAAGUAUGCAUUGGAAAGUUCGUUCAUCAGCUGGUACACGUGUUAUUGCACUUUAUUCACUUCUUAAAUCAAAAUUAAUUAAAAAUAAUUAUAAUGUUCUUUCUGUACUUGCUUUUGCUUUUCUUAAUUUAAUAAUAUCAAUUGAAGAUGUUGAACCAACAUGUGCACUUGAAUUGCAAUUUGAUACAGUUAUAAAUGAUCGUUCAAUAAUAUUACAUCGUUUAUCAAAACUUUAUUCAAUAUUAUUACGUAAUAAUUCAACAAUAAAAAUUUUUAGAUGGGAUUUUUUUCUUAAUCGUUUUGAUACAUUAUCAAUUGAAUCACAAAUAAGUAUGGAAGAAUCAGGUGAAUUAAUAAGUCCACAAAGUAUUGCUGGUUUUAAUACUCAAAGUGAACAUUUUAUACGAAAAUUAAAUCAAAUACGUUUUGCUAUGGCUAAAACAGAUUCAAUUAAACCAAUAUCAUCAUAA